CCUCGAUGCAUUUCCUUGCCAUUAUUUAAGGAGCCUUUACUAAAAGCUUUUGGAUUGUGUUUCUGAGUGGACAAGAGAUUUUUGUAUCCAAAAUGCUCAUAAAGGAAUAUCGUAUUCCUCUUCCGAUGAGCGUGGAAGAAUAUCGCAUCGCCCAGCUCUACAUGAUACAGAAAAAGAGCAGAGAGGAGACAUGCGGGGAGGGCAGCGGGGUGGAGAUCCUGGAGAACAGGCCCUACGUGGAUGGCCCGGGGGGCAGCGGGCAGUACACCCACAAGGUUUAUCACAUCGGGAUGCACAUCCCCAGCUGGUUCCGCUCCAUCCUGCCCAAAGCAGCUCUGCGUGUCGAAGAGGAGUCCUGGAAUGCUUAUCCUUACACAAGGACAAGGUACACGUGUCCUUUUGUGGAGAAAUUCUCAAUUGAUAUUGAGACAUACUACAAAACUGACCCAGGAGACCAUAGCAACGURUUCAACCUUUCUGCUGCAGAAAAAAGACAGACCAUUUUAGAUCUUAUUGAUAUUGUUAAAGAUACUAUCCCUCCACAUGAAUACAAAGCUGAGGAGGAUCCAAAGCUCUAUAAAUCAGUGAAGACUAAAAGAGGGCCUCUCUCAGAAGACUGGAUUCAAGAGUACAAGAACAACUCUGGGAAAUACCCCAUCAUGUGUGCAUACAAACUGUGCAAAGUGGAGUUCAGAUACUGGGGGAUGCAGUCGAAAAUCGAGCGCUUUAUCCACGAUGUUGGGCUGCGGAAGGUGAUGGUCCGGGCRCACCGACAGGCCUGGUGCUGGCAGGACGAGUGGUACGGGCUCACCAUCGAGGACAUCCGGCAGCUGGAGAAGGAGGCCCAGCUGAUGCUGGCCCAGAAGAUGGCCCAGUUCUGCAGUGAGAAUGAGGCAGAGCAGCACGGUGUCAAGGACACUCCUGGGGAGAAGGACGUGGAGGCCAGCACGGGGUCACCUGCUGACACCGAGGAYGCCUCUGCGAACAGCGACGGGGCCUCUGGCAGGUCACUCACCAAGCAAUGGUCCACCUCCUCCAAAUCCUCACGGUCUUCAAAGAGAGGAGCAAGUCCCUCKCGCCAUAGUAUCUCCGAGUGGAGGAUGCAGAGCAUUGCCAGGGAUUCAGAUGACAGCUCAGAUGAUGAAUUCUUUGAUGCACAUGAGGACUUGUCUGACAAUGAGGAAAUGUUCCCGAAAGAAAUAACCAAGUGGAGUUCCAACGACCUGAUGGAUAAAAUUGAAACCGCCGAAUGCGAUGAUGUCCAGGGUGACUUGUACCAGGAGACACCAGCUGAGUACCAGGUUGGCUCCAGCGUGGAGAGGCUCAGCAUCAUCGAGGAUGAAUCAGUGCAGCCAUUAAUGCAGCCGAGUAAAAUCCACGUGCUCCUCUUGGUCCUGCACGGAGGGAACAUCCUGGACUCAGGAAGUGGUGACCAGAGCUCCAAACAAGGGGAUGUCAACACCAUCACRACCGUGUUUGACACGGUGAUGAGGGUGCAUUACCCAGCUGCUCUUGGCCACAUUGCCAUCAAACUUGUCCCCUGCCCAGCCAUCUGCUCCGAAGCGUUUUCCUUGGUGUCCAGCCUCAGCCCAUACAGUUAUGAUGAGGGCUGCCUGUCCAACAGCCAGGAUCACAUUCCCCUCGCUGCGCUGCCCCUGCUCGCCACRUCCUCCCCGCAGUACCAAGAAGCCGUGGCCACUGUCAUUGUCAGAGCCAACCAGGCCUACAGUGAGUUCAUCAAAUCCCAGGAGGGCACCUCCUUCAAYGGCCAGGUGUGCCUGGUAGGGGACUGUGUUGGAGGGAUCCUGGGAUUUGAUGCCUUAUGCUACAGCAAUCAGACCGUGUCCGAGAGCCAGAACAGCAGCCGGCGAGGGAGCGUGGUCAGCGUCCAGGACACSGAUCUUCUGUCUCCUGGAAUAACAGUGAACAACAGCCACUGCUCCAGUGGCUCUAAUCUGGAAGGCAGCAGACACCUCAGCAGGAGCAACAUUGAUAUUCCUCGGAGCAAUGGAGAGGAUCCAAAGAAGCAGCUGCCACGAAAAAGGAGUGAUUCAUCCACCUAUGAACUGGACACGAUAAAGCAGCAUCAAGCCUUUCUUUCAAGUUUACAUUCCAGUGUCCUGAGAAACGACCCCACGUCCAGGCGAUCCAGCAGCUCCAUGGUGCUGGAUGGAGGAAACAUUGGGAAGUUUGACUUUGAGAUCACCGACUUCUUCCUCUUCGGUUCUCCCUUGGGUCUGGUGCUUGCGCUGCGYAAAACUGUAAUUCCAGCUCUUGACAUCUUUCAGCUSAGACCAGCUUGUCAGCAGGUCUAUAACCUGUUCCACCCUGCAGACCCAUCUGCUUCACGCCUCGAGCCUCUUUUGGAGAGGAAGUUUUACCUUUUGCCCCCCUUCAAUAUUCCCCGGUACCAGAGGUUCCCRCUGGGCGAUGGCAAUUCUGCUGUUUUGGUUGAGACAAUCCAGAACAAUCCCAUCCUCCUCAUGGAAAGUAGCCCUCUGGGUGCUCUCCAGCACCAGGACAGCUUCAUGGAAACAAGUAUCCCCGUUCCCGUACUGAAUUGGCAAGAUGUUUCCAAUAAAAGUGCUGGUUGUGCUGAGUCAGAUGUUGUUCAGUCUCAUGGUGCCGUCUUCGUGGAAAACGCGUCCCUGUCCACCCCCAUUUCAGCCCCUCAGUUCAGGGGCUUCCGGAGAGCCAGUGAGAUCAGCAUUGCCAGCCAGGUCUCAGGAAUGGCAGACAGUUUCACUGCUUCCAACAUAGCCAACAAAACCAAACACCACCCUAAUCAUUGUAGGGGGUUUAGCCUUCUGUCCCAACUUGCCCUCCCUCACAAAUCCCCCACCCAAAGCUCGUUCAGGAGGCGUAGGCAGCAUAAACACCAAAUCCCUGCCAAGGGAAGGAAGCUCAAAGGGCCACGGAGCCGGGCUGCAGGCUGUGCUCUUCGGAUACCAGACCUGGACAUCAAGACAGUUGCUGCCAAGUGGUGGGGAACCAAGCGGAUUGACUACGCCCUGUACUGCCCCGAUGCCCUGACAGCCUUCCCGACCGUGGCGCUGCCUCACCUCUUCCACGCCAGCUACUGGGAGUCCACGGACGUUGUCUCCUUCCUGCUCAGACAGGUGAUGAGACACGAGAACUCGAGYGUUUUGGAGCUGGAUGGGAAGGAGGUGUCAGUGUUCACCCCCUCCAAGCCCCGGGAGAAGUGGCUCCGCAAGAGGACCAACGUGAAGCUCCGGAAUGUCACAGCCAACCACAGGAUCAACGACACCAUUGCUAACGAAGAUGGGCCCCAGACCUUAACUGGGAGGUUCAUGUAUGGUCCCUUAGACAUGGUCACCCUCACGGGAGAGAAGGUGGACAUCCACAUCAUGACGCAGCCACCAUCGGGGGAGUGGGUGUACUUCGACACGGAGAUCAGCAACAGCAGUGGCAGGAUUUCCUACGAGAUCCCCGAGGAGCGGCGCCUCGGCAUCGGCGUCUACCCCGUCAAGAUGGUGGUCAGGGGUGACCACACGUUUGCUGACAGCUACAUCACGGUGCUGCCCAAGGGGACGGAGUUUGUGGUGUUCAGCAUCGACGGCUCCUUCGCAGCCAGCGUSUCCAUCAUGGGCAGCGACCCCAAAGUCCGCGCCGGGGCCGUGGACGUUGUAAGGCACUGGCAAGACCUCGGCUACCUCAUAAUCUAUGUCACGGGCCGCCCUGACAUGCAGAAGCAGAGGGUGGUGGCGUGGUUAGCACAGCACAACUUCCCCCACGGGAUCGUGUCCUUCUGCGAUGGGCUCGUUCACGACCCGCUGCGGCACAAGGCCAACUUCCUGAAAUCCCUCAUCACCGACCUCCACAUGCGGAUCCACGCGGCGUACGGAUCCACCAAGGACAUCUCUGUGUACAGCUCCAUCAGCCUCCCGCCCACRCACAUCUACAUCGUUGGCAGACCCACCAAGAAGCUGCAGAGCCAGUGUCAGUUCAUCACGGAGGGCUACGCUGCCCACCUGGCCCAGCUGGAGUACAACCACCGCGCGCGCCCCGCCAAGAACACCACGCGCAUGGCGCUGCGCAAGGGCAGCUUCGGGCUGCCCAGCCAGGCCGAGUUCCUGCGCAAGAGGAACCACCUGCUGAGGACCAUCUCGUCCCGUUCCGAGCGCACCCAGAGCCAGUCGGACAGCGACAAGGACAGGGACAGGGAGCGCAGCCAGAGGAGCAUGAGCAUCGCCACGGGCUGCUGGGGCCGCAGCGCCGCCUCCCGCCUCGAGUCCGGCCUCUUGGGGCAGAAAUAGCCGGGCYGGAGCCGGGAUUGUCAGCUGCAGCCACCGGAGGAGAAAACAAAAGGGAAGAGGGACGAGGCCGGCGUUUCGGGCUGGAAGGGUAAAUAUGGUGCUACUCUAAUAAAAUGGUAUUCUGGGAAGAGACAGGAUGUUUGCCACGCAGAACGCGCAGGCCUUGCAGCGAGAGCGUCAGGUUUGUGCAGCGUGAGCCCAAGGAACGGCUGGAAAUCGGGGGGGACGYCUCCAGAGGAAGAUGGAGCUCUCUCCUGCCUCCUUCUCUUAUCCAGGGUCCGUGACUGUAAAUACGUGCCUCCUCGCCUUGUCAGCCAUCGCUCCGAUCCGGUGACCGAGCGCUGUCCUCAGAGCCACAGCAGGGCAUGAGGCUGGGGGAACUUGUUCUGGGCUGUCCUGGGAGUCAGGGGGGCUCUGCCAGCACAGGGGAUCGGGGUUGGGUCACUCRCUGCUCCCCCAGCCCCGAGUGAGGGAUUUGUCGUGGGCUGUGCCAGGCAGAGCACCGAGAGCUUUACCUGCACAGAGAGCUCCGAGUGCAGCCGCGUUCUCGAGGAGUUGGUGCAGGGCAAAGCUGAAGCUGUGUCGAUGCCCUUGGCAGAGGCAGAAUGUCGGCAGAUCCGUGCCCAAGACAGCGGGGUCCUUAUUGUURUUACUGUUAUUUUUUAAAGAGACCUUUUAGAAGCCGAUGGAAUUUAAUGUGUUGAUCUAUUAAAGAGGAAUACAAGCUAUUUUGUUUGAGCUGUUACAAACCUCAGACACUUAAUUUGCUGUUAAAGUCUCCAAAUAGUCCUGCUAUGUAUUAUUUCCAACAAGUAACCACCAUAUAUUUGGGAGCAGCUGAAGGCACUCAGCAGCUGGAUUGCAUUGCAGUUCUACUCAUCCAAAUGCAGGGUCUGACUCUCUCAACACCCACCUCUGAGACUUCUUUUCUUCCCAGGUUCUCUCCAAGUUCAGUAGCAGCUUUCAUGGGAACUAGACUUGCUUCUUUUACCUGUAGUUACUGAACUGUAAAACCUCAUUGUUUUUUGCACUGAUGAUUUUUAGAAUGGAAACCUGUUACCAUCUCAUGUAGCUACACCGGUGUUUGUAGUGCAUGAAAAUGAAAUAUUGCUAAGCCAGGGUGUGUGUGUGUAUCUAUACAUAUAUGCACACACACACAUAUAUAUAUGUACAUAGUUAAAAAAACAAACAAUCUGUGCAGAAGUUUUUCCAGCAGUAAGGAGACUGUAAGGAAGUGUGCCAACAAUGUCAGGCAACCUUAAGAAAAGGCCAUAUCUUAAUUUUUCUGGUGUGUUCCUCAGUGGAUGUGCCUGAGGCGCUGGGUUUGUGCUGCUGGGCGAGCCGGCGGGCGCGUGGCAGAGGGGCUGGCACCCCGGUGACACCCAGACAGGGACAGGGAACAGUGCCUGGAGCCAGGGCUUGCCAAAAAGCCCCUCAGUCCUGUCCCUCUGGGGCCAGCGAAGGUUCCCUCCUUGCACACACCCCUGGGGUGGAGGGGCAUCCACAGGGGAGGUUCUGGGGUGCCCAUUCACAGACUCCAGUUGGCCUCUUCACAUGGAGAUUUUAUAGUCCUACCGAGCUCCUCGACUGUGUGUAACCCCGCUUUCCCCACCACACCUUCCCGUCUUUGUAUCACUUUCUACUUCUGAGGAUCUUAUUUCUAACAGAGAAUUUUUUAGACUGGCUGCUUCAUUUUGUUACCUGUUUCAAUAAGAACGGUGCAGGAGGGCCGCACUGAGAUACACAGCACUGUGAACGCUGCUCUGCUCACUGCCUCUGGGCCACGUUAGGCAAACCCAACUCAUCCAGCUCCUGUGUUUGUGGUGUGGAGGGUCCAAGCCGAGGCAGAGCAGGGACAGUGCCAGCUGCCACCGGCACCCGAGCCCCUGGAGCGCUCACACCCGACUGCAAAAUGUUGAACCACUUCUCUUUGGUAAUUAUCCAAUUACAGAAUGUACCUGAUGGCUUCUUGUUACCAAAAACUGACUUCCCUUUCUGCUGACUCAGCUUGGUUCUCUCUGAAUGUACAUCCAGAGCUUUUACUGGGUUUGAAAACAAUGUGAAUUUGUCCCAGCUUUUUGCUAGCCCAAUGUUCUAUCAAACAGAUGCCAUCUGAGUAGGAAGCCAAGCCACAAUCCAUCCUGUGAAGUCACCAAACCACAUCACUAAAUAAUUUCUGCAAAUUUGGAUAUGGCCUUCGCAAAAUUCACCUUUCCUCAAAACCAAGGCAUGAUCUGUACAUUUUCCUGUGUUGACGAGAUGUUCACAUUUUCUUACGUGUA